GACCGGGUCACCGGGACACUGAGGCGGCAGGAGCUGCCUCCAUCCUCCUUCACCAUGCUGUCCCGUGUCGUAGUUUCUGCAGCAGCCGCCGCUGCCCCUGCUCUGAAGAAGAAUGCAGGCCUGCUCGGACCCGGGGUAUUGCAGGCAACAAGGAUCUUUCACACUGGGCAGCCAAGCCUUGCUCCUCUACCACCACUUCCUGAACAUGGAGGGAAAGUACGAAUGGGACUGAUCCCUGAGGAAUUUUUCCAGUUCCUUUAUCCAAAAACUGGUAUAACAGGACCCUACGUGCUUGGAACUGGGCUUAUCUUGUAUUUCCUAUCCAAAGAAAUAUAUGUGAUUACUCCAGACACUUUCUCUGCCAUAUCAACAAUAGGGUUACUUGUCUAUCUGGUUAAAAAAUAUGGAGCUUCUGUUGGAGAAUUUGCUGAUAAACUCAAUGAGCAAAAAAUUGCCCAGCUGGAAGAAGUGAAACAGGCUUCCAUCAAGCAAAUCAAUGAUGCGAUUGAAAUGGAGAAGGCACAGCAGGCACUGGUUCAAAAGCGACAUUACCUUUUCGAUGUCCAGAGGAAUAACAUUGCUAUGGCCUUGGAAGUUACUUACCGGGAACGGCUGCAUAGAGUACACAAGGAGGUCAAGAAUCGCCUGGACUACCAUAUCUCUGUUCAGAAUAUGAUGCGUCGCAAAGAGCAAGAGCACAUGAUAAACUGGGUUGAGAAGCACGUGGUGCAGAGCAUUUCUGCACAACAGGAAAAGGAGACAAUUGCCAAGUGCAUUUCUGAUCUAAAACUGUUGGCGAAGAAGGCUCAAGCACAGCCAGUCAUGUAAGAUGUCUACCCACUGAGACAACUUAGAGACAGUUGACAGUAAACAGAAAUUAUUCUGUGUGACAGAAACUUUCUGUUUCGUUGUCCUUUUUACUUUUCCUGAAAUAAAGUUUAAGUUCAGUUUUAGUGAAAGAAUGAAUCAGAGCAAUCUAUUGGC